GGCCGCACUUACGAAUUAGUCGCGCGCUGCCUUUCGUGUUGGUAGUUUUAUGUCGCUCAGUUGAAAAAUCUUACGCGAAAAGCGGCAAAACAAGUUUUAAAACUCGCAAAAGUUUUUCAAAAACUUCACAUUCAUUCAAGUGUAUUUUCUGGAGAAUUCUAAAAUUGUUUACACUUGGUUAAAACUAGUUUGCUCAGUUUAUUCAAGUGAAUGUAAAUAAACCUUUUCAAAUUGUCUCGGCGCAAAAAAACAGUGUGUUUACAAUUUUUUUCCUAGGAUGUUUUAGUGAUAAGUGUUGUAUGUAUGCGCGUUUAGCGCGUUCAGUUGAAUUUUAGUAGUAUAAUGUGAUAAUUGAGUUCGCGGUUUGUUGCUGGAUUUACCAUUAACUUUGGCUAAAUAUGUGCGACGACAAUUCCAUUAUCGAGGGUACCGUCAAGUUUCGAGAUGGCAAAAAGUGGAAAUCAAGAUGGUGUGUCAUGCGAAAAUUGUCGCCAGUUGCAGAUUGUCUCCACCUGCAGCUGUACAGAGACUCGAAAGACCGAUACAAGCAAGGACAAACCAAAGCUUCCUUAUCACUCCAACAUUUCCUGGGUCUGGAGAGUGGAUUUACGUUGGACAAAGAAUCGCAUACGGUAGCCAUUUUGUGCCAAGACGUGGUCGUGGUGCUGGCUUUCGAUAAUAGAGAAAGGUUGAUGCAAUGGCAAAUCAAGCUCAGCACGCAUCUGAACGAUGGCCCUCACUUCUUGGUUUUGGUGUCAAGUUCACCACUCAAAACAAAGCUUCCUCCAGGUCCAGCCCGAUUGCACGUUCAAGAGCGAAGCUUUUGCCUGACAACGGGAGUGCCGCCUCGAGUAGCUGGUCAAUGGCAAAUUGCAGACUUGCGAAGAUACGGAGUAGUGGACGGCCGGUUCUGUUUUGAAGGAGGAUCGAGAUGCCUGAAAGGAGAGGGAUUAUAUAUACUGAUUGCCGAUCAAGGCGACGAAAUUAUGGCCGCUCUACAAGCAGCCUCUACAGGAAAUUUGCACUCGUCCAGGAAACGACCAGUGUCGCGAAACAUGUCGGUGAUGGAUAGUCCGGCCAGAAGGCCCCAUAUGCGGCAAGCAGGAGGCAUUGCAAUGGAAUUGAGAGAUAGCGAGGUUUCCCUCACAUCAAGAGCGGAUUCACCUUAUACUGAUUUAGAAAGCAACUAUGGCUGUGGUGACAGUAUUUCGAAUGAUGGUUGGAACCAACCGUCCAUCGAGCGUUGUAUGAGCUGCAUAAGCAAACUAGGUGCGAUGUCCAGAUCAUCUACAGCAACAGUUACAAUGGGGCCUACCCUAGGAACACCAUGUUGGGAGCAUACAUGCGACAGGCAUUCCAUCAGCAGCUCAAGCGACAGUUCGGGGUGGAGCCAAGCUGUUACGCGCCCACCUCAACGCCCACCCAAACCAGGCUCCACUUCUCCCUCGCCAAAGAAACCUGCUGCACCUCCGCCCAUCUCCUACGACAACUACGAUGUUCCUAAAAUGCCAUUUCCGGUGGAAUCGAGCCAAAAUGAACAUUACGAUACGCCGCGAAAGCUCAAAGAAUGUAUAGGAUUUGAAACGGUGCAGAAACCGUGCGGUUGCAUUUUGAGAAUUCGACAACCUGAACCGGAAAGGCCGUGUGUGUGUCAGCGCCUUAUGAGCUGUUGGUCAGCGCCAGAGGACUCCAUUCAUGCCGUCUAUGCCACUGUAGAUUAUAGCAAAAAGACUUACCGAUGCCAUCCAAAUCCAGGCACAACGAACUAUGCCAAUUUAACACCAGUUGCAAACCCUUCCAACGCCUCAGCUAAUAAGAAUCAAACAACGACUGCACAAGCACCGUCGUGCAACUACGAAAACAUGGAAUUUGCUCAAACUCUUCAGCUGUACGAAAACGGCAAAGAAAUUUCUGAAAAAGCCCGAGCUCUCUGCGCCAAAUGCGGACACGCUCAAAGUGAUUAUUUACUCAUGGAACCCAACAAGAAUAUCAAUCAAGCCCAUCCUGGGUAUAUUCCGAUGUCUCCAGCUGUGAAACAAAGAUUAAGCAAGGUGCUGUCCAACAGCAACCCCAACUUAGGCCCAGUUCUGGACCGUUCUAGUAAGCCCGCCUCUGGAUCAGCAAUGCUGCAUGCAGGCGAUGUAUAUCAAAGGAAGCAGAUAAUGGAUAAUGCUGAUGACAUUGAUAGUGUGAGGCGAAAACGAUCAAAUAGUGCGGACUCGAGUACCAGCAGAGUCGAACCGGAACCGGAGCCAGAUGUUGCUUCACCUUGCAAAUGCGUUGGACAAACCGCUCAGGCUGCUCAAUUAGUUCGACGAUCAUCGAGCGUUCCAUGUAAAUCAAAUCGCGAUUCGUCCAGCUCCAAUGAUUCGGGAGUAUUUGAACUACCUCGUCGUCCGCAAAUGUCUGCAAAUGUUACACUACCUCGAAGGUCGAAAAGUUCCGAUCCCUUGCGAGACCUCAGCUUUCAGUUCAACAAGGCAGCUACAGAGGGAAAGUCUGCCAGUGCUGAAGCCGAAGUGCCGGUUUGCCCAAAUGGGAGUACCAGUAGUGGCACCUCCGAUAUGUCGGACUACUUCGAAACUUUGUCACUCUCGUCCCACAGCUCAAGCGUGGAACCUCCUCCACCAUCUUGCACUCUCAGACCGAGAUCAGGCAAUGAGUAUCUGAGCAUGCAACGACUCAUCGCUCCGGUGCCUGAAGAGCACCACUAAGGAGAAACGAAACUAGUCAUUCUAAAGUUUAGCGAGCAAUAAUGGAUGUUUUUUCUAAGUUAAUAUGUAAGUAUCGGUGGCGUUUAGUUGGUAGAAGCGCAUAUGUAUCCUCUAUACACAGGAGUUUUUAACAGUAUACAUUUUCUAUUCCAAACAACGAAAUAUUUAGGGUUGGGCAUGUUUUUGCAUUCGAGAUUUUGUGCUGGGAAAAUGAAGCUCUACUGCAGAUUCAAAGCGCAAAACUGUAAAUUAAAGAGAUCCUCUAACUUUUUUCACCACAAGCCCAAUUAAUUGAAUAUCUGUAUUCAUAAUGUGUGGCAUUUUGUCAUUACAAUUUCUGAAAUGGCAAAGUUAACUUACAGCAAAGAUUUUGUGGUAAAAAUAUUUUAAGCAAAAUUGAAAGCUCGGCACGUUUCCUAAGCGCAUAAUGGCAGAAUGCUUUUUACAAGGAACAUAACGUGCUGUACGUAUUUCUUAAUCGUUAUAUAAUAAUUAACACCACCCAUACCUACAUGCAGUUGGAACGGUAACUCUGUCGUUUUAGUUGUAAUUAAAUAUGGUUUAACCCGAUUUGAUUGUGGUAAUUAGGUAAAACGAGGUUUUAAAAGGAUUUUAUACUGUAGAAUAGUAGAGUUUAUACCUAGUCCCUUUUUAAAUGUAAAUACUGUAAACAUUUUAAACGCUGUGUUUUGUUUGUAUAUUAUUAUUACUAUUAUUAUUAUAUCUUAUUUAGAACUUAUCUUAAGACAGAAUUCCCCCCGUUCUCUAACUGAAAAUAUUGUUUAACAAGUAAAGGUCCUAUACGAUACAGGUGUAUACAUAAACUACUUAUUUAGUCUAUUAUAUACGAUGUAUAAUCAAUUAAUCAAUUUUUCUGUAUAAAUAUAAUGUAUUUACUUGAUAAUUAAAUAAAUUAUUCAAA